GUCACAGCUGACAUGGUAGCCUUCAUAACAGUUGUCCCCAUUGACAUGUUGCUACUUACAAGAUAAAUUGUAAAUUGCCAAAGAAAUAUUUUUGAUAAACCUAGUUAGGAUAGAUGACAAAGAAAUACAAUGCCCAAAUACUACGAAGAUAAAGAAGAUGACGGCAAGGCUUGUGCUGGAAUUAGAGAGGAUUUUAAAGCCUGUCUCCUUCAGCAUGACUGUGUUUUAAAGGAGGGAAAGAAACCCAGUGACUGUUUGAAAGAAGGAGCCUGUAAGGGCUUGCAAGUCUCUUUCUUCGAGUGCAAGAGGUCAAUGCUGGACACAAGAUCUCGAUUCAGAGGCAGAAAGGGCUACUGACGGAAACGUUUCCGGUCACCACUAUCUGAAGCGACAUGUGAAAUUGUAAAUAGUUAAUGCCAGUGACCAGAUGUGAAUAAAAUAGUUUUGUAUAA